GUGUCCUUGAUAGAAAACCAUCAGUUUUUACAUCCGGAAGGUGGGGCUUUUGUCGCUCAAGCGGGUUAGCGUUUUUAGGGACCCAAUGCAUCGAUAUGGUCAAUUAACGCAAGCUUCCAGAUAACAUCAGCCACUGGCAGAAAUACAUAUCCUGUAUUGUGAGACUCACUGCAUACACUAGCCUACCUCCCCCUCCUUUGCUCAUCCAAUCAGCAGUCAGAGCGCAGUCUCGAUGCAUUCACGGACUUGAGGAUGUGUCAAGAGUGCUGAGAAGUCUGCUUGAAGGCGUCCCAGAGGGAAACAAAGACCACUUCAAUCAUGGCAACCAGUAAAAGUAAAAACCAGAGUUCACUUGCGCUGCACAAAGUCAUAAUGGUGGGCAGUGGCGGGGUGGGGAAGUCCGCUCUCACCUUACAGUUUAUGUAUGAUGAGUUUGUGGAGGACUACGAGCCCACCAAGGCUGACAGCUACAGAAAGAAAGUGGUUCUGGAUGGAGAAGAGGUCCAGAUCGACAUCCUGGACACAGCCGGCCAGGAGGACUACGCCGCCAUCAGGGACAACUAUUUUCGCAGCGGGGAGGGCUUCCUGCUCGUAUUCUCCAUCACGGAGCAUGAGUCAUUCACUGCCACUGUAGAGUUCAGGGAGCAGAUCCUGCGAGUGAAAGCAGAGGAGGAUAAGAUCCCGCUCCUCCUGGUUGGAAAUAAGUCGGACUUGGAGGAACGUCGGCAGGUGUCCGUGGACGGGGCCCGCGGUAAGGCUGAAGAGUGGGCUGUCCAGUACGUCGAGACAUCCGCGAAAACCAGGGCCAACGUUGACAAGGUAUUCUUUGACCUGAUGCGUGACAUACGGGGGAAGAAAAUGUCAGAAAACAAAGACAAAAACGGAAAAGGAAAGAAUAAGAAGAAAAAGAAGACCUUCAGAGAGAGAUGCUGUCUACUCUGAGUUCCUCGAGGACCUUAAUAAUGCACAGGACAACUGCUAAGAAGGGGGAGUCAAGCAGAUCAUUUCUGCCAUUGCCAUUAAAAAAAUAUUUUUUGUAUCACCAGUAUGAAUUUUUGGUCUUAAAUAUAUAUUUUUUUGGGCUGCUGUGCAAUUGGAAGUUGACCACUGUCCUGACUGCAUUGCCCGAUGAACUGCCACUGACACACUUUAUCUCCAGAUAUCCUCUUCUUGUAUGGAACUCAGAGAGGCUGCCUUUGACUACGCCCCAGAGGGCGUCACCCAUCAACUUAGCGGCGCCCUUAUUGUCCACCCGUCCAUUUUCUAUGCCGUUUAUCCUCACUAUGGUCGCGGGUGCCCUUAUUGUCUUUGCUUUAAUUUACAUUAUUGUCUUGUUUUAUUACAAGCUUUGAAGCUUUUCGAUUUGUUGCUCCGUUCAACUAAAUUUACAGCAAAUCUAUUUUUUAAUUAACAUUAUUCAGGAUUUUUCUUGAUAUGCCUUUGAUAUGGGGCCUAAAUAUCUACCAUUGGGAUUAUGUUUUCCAGAAAAAAGUCCCACUUUGUUUUUGCAUAAGGUGCCCCAUCAUAUUGAUGUCAUGUGACCCAUCCCACCGUCCCCAUGCAUGCACUACAAGGUCUAUUUGCUUAUUUGAGAGUUUCUGCCAGCAAUAUUACUGAUGAAGACCUAAAGUGGAGCUUCAAUGAUAAUACAUAGGUUUCAACUUCCAUUUCAUCAAGGUUAACGGGAAAUACAGUACUUGUAGUAAUCAUUCUUUGUCAUUUAUUCUCUAUGUUCCUUAUAUUUCCAUGACUGUGACUAUGCUUUUAUUUCUAUGCUGUGAUUGUUGCUGAAUAAAUGUUUUUAUAUAUA